AUGACGAUGCUGGGAGCGCAGCCGGCGGCGGCGGUGUUCGGCGACACGACGCUGACCAAGGUGUUCGUGGGCGGGCUGGCGUGGGAGACCCACAAGGACACCCUCCGCGAGCACUUCGACCGCUUCGGCGACAUCCUCGAGGCCGUCAUCAUCUCCGACAAGCUCACCGGCCGGUCCAAGGGAUACGGAUUCGUGACCUUCAAGGAGGCGGAGGCGGCGAAGAAGGCGUGCGAGGACGGGACCCCGGUGAUCAACGGCCGCCGCGCCAACUGCAACCUGGCCUCGCUCGGCGCCAAGCCGCGGGCCCAGGCGCCGCCGCCGCCGCACCUCCUCCGCCCCUCGCCGCCGACCACCCCGGCGCCGCACCACAUGCCCGCGCUGCCCUCCCCGCACCACCAGCCCGCGCCAGCCAUCGCGGUGGGGUCCAGGGGCGUCUCGCCGGUGCCGUGGUACUACCACCCCUCCACCACGCCGCCGCCGCCGCCGCAGGCCGCGCACUACGCCGCCCACCAGCAGUACCACGGCGUGCUCCCGUUCUACCCCGCCGCCGCCAACUACGGGUACUCGCCGAACUACGUCGCUGACAUGGGCUACAACGCGAAGCUAGGCCACGGGGCAGCGGCGCCCGGCGCCGGCGGGGCAUACAUGCAGCCGCAGGGGCACUUCUCGUACCCGGCGGCGGCGCAGGGAGGCAUGAUCGCUCACAACGGCGGCAUGAUGCCCGUCUACCCCUACUACCACUACCAGUACCACGGCUCGCAGGGCCUCGGCGUCCCGGCCGCGCACUUCUUCCCGCCGGUCUCCGCCGCCGCCAUCCCCACCGUGCCCGCUAUCAUCUCCAAGCCCCCCGUCAUGGUGCCUCCCAAAGUGGAGCAGGUGGCUGGGUGCAGCUGA